AUGUUUUACCUUCUAUUUUAGUGGAAUAUUGGUGAACAAUACUAAAUUAGAUGGACCUUUAUUGCAAAUUCUAUUUAUGAACAAUACUAUUUCAAAGCAAUAUCAUCAAGAAAUAGAGGAAUUUGUAUCAAGUUUAGUAAAAAGAUUUGAAGACCAGCAGAAAAAUGAUAUGGAAAAGACAUCCUUUAAUCUUUUGCCCCAGCCAUCCAGUGUCAUGUUAGAGGAAGACCAUAAAGUAGAAGAAUCCUGUACCAUAAGAAACAGCAAGGAAGCUUUUAGUGUUGUAGGAAGUGUCCUGUAUUUUACUAAUUUUUGCCUUGAUAAAUUGGGGCAACCGCUUCUAAAUGAAAACCCUCAGCUUACCGAAGGAUGGGAAAUACCCAAGUACCAGCAAGUCUUCAGCCACAUUGUUUCUCUAGAAGGGCAAGAGAUACAAGUAAAGGCAAAAAGGCCAAAGCCUCACUGUUUCAAUUGUGGUUCUGAAGAACAUCAAAUGAAAGACUGCCCAAUGCCCCGGAAUGCUGCUCGAAUAAGUGAAAAGAGAAAAGAGUAUAUGGAUGCCUGCAGCGAGGUAAACAAUCAGAACUUUCAACAGCGAUACCAUGCAGAAGAAGUCGAAGAAAGAUUUGGAAGGUUCAAGCCAGGUGUCAUCAGUGAGGAACUUCAAGAUGCACUGGGGGUGACGGACAAGAGUCUUCCCCCUUUUAUCUAUCGGAUGCGCCAGCUAGGUUACCCACCAGGGUGGCUCAAAGAGGCUGAGUUGGAGAACUCAGGACUUGCACUCUACGAUGGAAAAGAUGAUGCUGACGGAGAAACAGAAGUUGGAGAAAUACAGCAGAAUAAAAGUGUCACUUACGAUCUCUCAAAAUUGGUAAACUAUCCAGGUUUUAAUAUAUCGACUCCCAGAGGAAUUCCAGAUGUGAGUAUUUUUUGUUCUUGUAGAAUGUGAUAUUAUGUUAAAGAUGAAAGUAUAAUAUAGUUGUUAUUAUGUAAAGAAGUA